AUGGUCUUGAAUAACUCUCAAAACUUCCUCGCCAGUUUGAAACUACUAGGACUUGUUCAGGAUAGUCCCCUAACUUACUUGUGUCCACCGUACCCUCCUGAUUUACUAGGAAUAUCGCCCCUUGCGACAGGAUGUAUAAAUAACACAUCAUCCGAUAAUGAUCCUGAGUCAGGACCACCAACUUUUCCUGCCUUUCGCCGACCAUUUUCCAUGCCAGAAGAAUUUCCAGCCCCCAGUGGUUCCUGGUCGCCUGUCGAUGUGAACACUUGGGAACGCUUCAGGUUUCCCAAUAUGACUCGGCAUACACCGCUCUAUCUGGCUCUAAGAAACACAAUAAUAUACCUUUGGAACAAGUGUCCCACGUGCCUUGUCACUCCGGAUCGCGCUGCAGAGCUUCUUCUUGUCAGAGGUCUGGUGCGCGUUGUCCUCAUUGACCAGUGGCUUCCCCAAAUUCUUUAUGCUUUUACUCGAAUGGGUCUGGUUAAUGUCGGUGUUUGUUCCAUGCAGGAAAACCUUGAUGCGUCGCCGUCGGGCCGAAUUGAAGUCAUAGGACGAGUGGAUCUCAAAACAGCUGUACUCCAGAGGCAGAUAAGUAAUUAUCUCAAAGUUCAACACUCUUCGUCGACCGAUGAGCCCAGCGUAGCCGAAUUUUUAACAUUUAGAAGUCUGCCGCCGCCACCACCACCACCACCACCGGUGUUUAGUGAAACUCAACUAGCGGCCAAGUCAGUGCCUCGAUUAAAUGUUUUGCCCACCUUUCAAAGCCACUACUUUGCUAAUCAUGUGGUCGGCGCCAUGAACAAUGACGUGGUCCUGCUUGCUCACCAGGCUAAACUAACGACCGAAUUGGAGGCACAAGCAACCCUGUUUCACAAAACAGACACAGGGCUUGCUCUUCUGCCAUGUUUUUUAACUGACCGGAUUGAAUUCCACGUCGAAGCACUCUUCGAUCGGGUGGUGUUUGGGCCCGAUAGCCGAGGCGCGUCCACUUUGACGAGUUUUAAACCGCCAACAGUUCAAGAUGCAUGGGAUUCUUUGGAUCAAUCGAUCCGAUCUCUUCUCCCCGACCUUGAUAGUUCGGAGGUUGAGCACUGUCUUAUAGAGUACUUUCUGGCGUGCAUUGAGGAACGGAUAACUGAGAGUCUGCUCGUUUCAGACCCCCGAAAUCCACCAUCCAUCGUUUCUCUUAGUGAGUUAGCCCCCUGGCAAACGGCUCUCCUGUUGUCGUCCAAAUCUGGCCCUCAGUCGCCGUCGUCGUCGUCUCCGCCGCAAUUCCUCUCCGACGACACCGAAUGCGACGCGUGCACCCUUCUCCAAGUGACCUACGGCAACCCCUCAGUCGUCUUCCCUGGCGCCAAUGCCUACAAAGACAUCCUCGAUCAUCUCAUCUCCCCGUCUGAGAGGCUCGUGGUAUCUAGUGUAGCUGUUUCACUAAGUGGAGACCAACAGGGGCUCUUUGUGCGACGCCAGACCGCUACCGCCCCUGUCCGUGCUAAUUCAGUUGUGAUUUGCCUUCCCCUGUCAUCUCUCAAAAUUGUCUUUUGUGACGACCCAGUGAAGCAACUGAAUGAAAAUAGGGCUCCCGACGGAGAAGCCUCUUUGCCGAUAUUUUUGCCGCAUCACUUCCGUCUGUCGUUGCCUCAAUUCGAGCCCAGUCUCCAGUCAGUGGCUGCAAGCACAGAAACCCGCUUGUGCAUCGCAGUGACCCUUGUCUACCCAUCGGCCUGGUGGCGAACACUGCUUACCGAAGCGAUGGUGAAGGAACCCACGUGGAAGACAAAACUGGAGGAAGGCGAGGAUCUGCGGGACGGAGACGCUGCGCCUACCAUUUCCCCAAGUCUGUUCGCCGUGCUUCCUGAAGAGCGGAGUGCACGGGGAUUCUGUCACGCGUUCACCGAUUUAACUCCCCAAUCUUUGCUGAAUGAAUUUGGCAUUCUCCAAACUCGAAUCAUAUCCACAAGCGCCGCAGACUACUGGGACAAGGAUGAUUUCACCAUUGCCAACACAGUGCAUGCGCACUUAGUGAAAAUUUCCCAGCCCCAUACGAGUCUCCCACCAGCGCCCCUGUGUUCCGAUGUAGCCCGUCUUUCCUCCUCGUCUUUAUGCGACAACUCGACUGGGCCGUCGCUGGAAGCUACCUCCAAGGUAGACGCACUCGUCGAUUGUGGAAUAUCUGUGAAAUUCUCCGAUUCAGGUCAGGUAGUGGCCGCACCUGACGAGGAAUUUGCUGUGUCGAAGACCUGGUGGAAGUUACUGGCAGACGCAGCUUCCAUCUACGUGAUGGCUGGACUAACAGAACCGAACCACGCAUCCGAUGCUGCCGAGAUUCGUCCAGAAGUAGGCGACCCUCUGUCACAGGAGGUCACGACGGGCCUGGAAUGGACCGAGGUAUAUUUGUCCAACAGCGCCUCUUCACCGUGGUGCGCAAAACGCGCGAUGCGCCUGCUUCGACGUGCCUUUACAAGGAAUGCUGAAGACCUCGCUUCAGACGGCAACGAUGACGACGAAAUCAACCUAUUGCCUUCGAAUUCUCCCCGCGCGUUCUGCGAAAACGAGUGCCCAGAUGCCGAGAUGGAGGAAGUGUCGGUCAGUGGACGGGUUUCUUCCUCCACACUUACUUCUCCAGCCGGUACUCCCAUAAUUGACAUCGAUCACAGCCCUUCUAGCCGGUCUAUGCGGUACCUCAAGCGGAGACUCACUCUUGAAAAAUGA